UUAGGUGGAUUUCUCUCUUAUUAUAUACUGUCGUCACAUGGGUCCCAUGUGAUAUGUCUUCCUUAUUUCAGACUUCCAGUAUUCUUUUUCUUUUCUUCAAACAUAGAACAUAGAAAAACAGCUCUCAGAGACAGAAAUACUAUCAUGGAAGGGGUUGAAGCAGAAAUUGUGAUUGUUGGAGCUGGGAUUGCUGGACUCACCACAUCCUUGGGACUUCACAGGUUAGGAAUCCGGAGCUUGGUACUGGAGUCAUCAGAGAGUUUGAGAGUGACUGGAUUUGCAUUCGCAACAUGGUCAAACGCUUGGAGAGCAUUGGAUGAAAUCGGCGUCGGCGACUCCCUCCGCCAACAACAUCACCAACUCUAUGGGAUAGUGGCUGCAUCUACGAUUUCGGGGCUUCCCACUUCAGAAAUAUCAUUUACGACCAAAGCGAGCUGUGGACACCAAGAACUUCGAUGCUUAAGAAGGAAGGUGUUACUGGAAACCCUUCAGAAGGAGCUUCCCAGUGGCACCAUAAGGUUCUCAUCCAAAGUGGUUUCUAUUCAAGAGGAGGAAUCAGGAGGUUGCUUUAAGCUGGUCCAUCUUGCAAAUGGUUCCGUGGUAAAAGCCAAGGUGCUGAUUGGGUGUGAUGGGGUGAAUUCAGUGGUGUCAAAGUGGUUGGGCUUCAAGAAACCGACUUUCGUGGGCCGAUCCACCAUUAGGGGGUUUGCAGAUUUCAAAGGCAGCCACGGUUUUGAGCCCAAAUUCCUGCAGUUCUUCGGAAAGGGCGUGCGAUCCGGUUUCCUCCCUAGUAAUGAAGACACAGUGUAUUGGUUUUUAACGUUCAAUCCCUCCACUAAAGACAAAGAGGUGGAGGAAAACCCAGCUAAGAUGAAAGAAUUUGUUCUUAGCAACCUUGGCAAAGUACCAGACAAAGUAAAAGCUGUUGUGGAGAUCACUGAACUCGACAAUAUUGCUUGUUCUCCGUUAAGCUUCAGACGUCCGUGGGAGCUUUUCUGGGCAAAUACCAGCAAAGGCAAUGUUUGUGUCGCGGGCGAUGCGCUCCACCCGAUGACACCAGACAUCGGGCAGGGCGGGUGCGCAGCGCUGGAAGACAGUGUCAUUCUAGCUAGGUGUUUAGCAGAGGCCUUGAGGGAAAAGCCGAGCGGCGGAACGGAAGAGGGAGAUGGGAAAGAGGAGUACAAGAGGAUUGAGAAAGGGUUGAAGUUGUUUGCUAGAGAGAGGAAGUGGAGAGGGUUUGUGCUCAUCAGUGCUGCUUAUAUGGUGGGUUCUGUACAACAGAGUAGUGGGGUUGUGGUGAAUUUCUUGAGGGAUAAAGUGUUGGCUACUUUUCUGGUUGGAAUGUUGUUGAAGAUGGCUGAUUUUGAUUGUGGCAAGCUGAGUCUUUCUUGAAGUUGAACCAAUCGGCACUUGUGUGUCUUUGUUUUUUUGUACAACUUUUUGGGCAUUCAAUUGGAGACUUUUGUACUUCUUUUUGGAUCUUCUUGCUAUGAAAUUUGACAAAAUUAGUGACUUGAAUUUCUCCACCAA